AUGGCUCCAAGUGACCCUGCGUUGUGCGCCGAACCGCCCACCGACCGGAACGUCAAGCACGUCGUACUCGGCGACCUCCUUUUCCCGACCUGGUUCCAAUCCAUCUAUCCGGAAGAUCUCGUCAGUAAGGACACAGACCGGUUGUACGUCUGUCGGUGGUGCUUCUGCUAUUCGUGCGACAGCCUCGCCUACGCGCAGCAUGCGCGACGCUGCCACCACCGAACAACGCCGCCGGGAACCAAAGUCUACGACCAUGGCGGAUAUUCGGUGUGGGAGCUGGACGGCGAAUGUCACAAACUAUACGCGCAGAACCUCUCUCUGUUCGCAAAGCUCUUCCUAGACCAUAAAUCCGUCUUCUUCGAUGUCGCGUCCUUUCUCUACUACCUCCUCGUCUUCACCGACCCCAAAGAUUCCGACAACUAUUACGUCCUAGGAUUCUUCUCGAAAGAGAAACUCUCCUGGGAUGCCAACAAUCUCGCCUGCAUCCUCGUUUUCCCACCAUACCAACGGAAGCAGCUUGGAAAGUUGUUGAUGGGCGUGAGUUACAAGAUCAGUUCCUGGGAGCGCGACAGCGGGCUAAUCGGCGGGCCGGAGCGUCCGCUAAGUGAGUUGGGCCGUCGGAGUUAUACCCGGUUCUGGGAGGAGCGAAUAGCCAGGUAUCUACUGUUGCGGGUUGGUAAGACCGGGGAAGCCGAGGUGCCUGGGUCCGUGCCGCUGAGGCAGAAAUCCCCCAAGCAGUCGAAGAGGAAGCCAUCACACGAGCUCGUGACAGUGCAGGACAUUGGAUUGGCGACUGGUAUGUUGACCGAGGAUGUCAUCACGGCUCUCAAAGGCCUGGGGGUCGUUGAGCCUGCUACGCCGGCUAAAAGGCGCAAGACGAGAGAUGCGUCUGGCGAGGCGGGACUGGGCGAGGAUGCCGCAACCGUCUUAAUUCGAAAGUCCAAGGUCCUUGAAUGGGCCCGGUCCCAUCAUAUGGCCCUCCGAGAUCCGGUUAGGGAUGAGGGGUUUCUGGGUAAAUGGGCUCCACAUGAUGCCGCUGAAGAGAGCAGUGUCGACGGCGGUGAGAGUGAUAGGUAG